CUUCUCUGUAUUGGCCACCGCGGACGCAAGACCGUGAAAGCUGAAAGCCCACCUAAAUGUACUGUUAACUCAUUAAACAGUAUUUUCACAGACCCGCGCCGAUUCGCUUCACAAACCCGCAUAUUCGUACAAACUUUCUUUAAACUCCAACCAUGUCCGACACUGCAGUGACUAGAGAAGAUAUUCCGUUGAAAAAAGGUAAGAUCAACAGGAAGUGGUAUACCUGUGGCGACGAGGAUUGUAUCAGCGGUUCGAAGUAUGUAAAUAUUGCGUUCGGUACUCUUACAGCUAUUAUCACGUUAGCUUUAAUUAUUCAAAUUAAUUAUGGAGAUUACCAGGUUGUUCCACAUGGUAGUGUAGCAUCGGAUAGCUUUGAGUGUUCUAAGAUAGGAACAUCAACACUGAUAGACGGAAAUGCAAUAGACGCAGCAAUAGCCACUGCAUUUUGUUUGUCCGUCACUACUCCUCACCUUACUGGCUUGGACGCCGAAGGCCAGAUACUGAUUUACAAUCACAGAAAGAAAAAUCCCCCACUGGUAAUAAAUUUCUCGCAUAAAUUGCUUCAAUCCAAGGAUAUACCAACAAGUGUUUUGGGAUUAGCUUAUGUACAUAGAAAAUUUGGAAAACUGCCUUGGAAAAAUCUAGUACUUCCUGCAGCAAACUUAGCCAGGCAAGGCAUCAAAGUAACUAUACAAUUGGCUCAAGCAGUGACUAAUUCUAAACAGGAAAAUAUAUUUGGUCCUCUAGAAACCGGCCAAUACCUGCUACAAAAUACACUAGCGACCACUCUUGAACGCAUUGCAAACCUAUCAGACACAGAACUGCAUUCACUUUUGAGAAACUUUAACGAAACUGCACUAACGGAGACAGUAAAAGUAACAAAAUUUAAGAACUUCGAAAUAUACGUCCCGCAGAAUGACGAAUCGGUCGGCCAAUUUCUUGUGGACGCUCUUAACGAAUUGGAGAAGAUGAAUUUAAACGAUGCUGUCUUUGCAGAUCCCAGUUAUGCCCACGAGUUGGUGGACGUUAUUCAGUACUACCAACACGAAAAUACUACCUACAACUUAUUUCACGAAGGAACUAUUUCAGAUGUUGCUGUUAUGGAUGCAGAAGAUAAUUAUGUCUCUUUAGUAACGGGUAUGUACCAAUUUUUCGGUUCGGGCAAACGAUCUCCGGAUGGCUAUCUGCAAGAUAAAAAAGACCAGGACACUAUGAACAGCAGGAUGCCGGUUUUAAUUUUGGACGGUUGGUAUAUUUGCGGAAGAAGGUACGUCUUUUCAGCGAAUAAUUUAGGAAGCGCUUUGCAGAUAAUCAGCAAUUUAUUGUUGCACAAAGAAAACGUUACAGAUGCUAUAGAGGCUCCACGGUUGUAUAUUGGAAACUGGACUGUAGGUUUUGAAGCUUCACACCGGCCUUACUUUCCGAAAGAAAUAACUGAGCAUUCUCCGUGGAAGUUCAACAUAAUACCAGAGCCUUACCAAAGCAUUAACAUUGUUUUUAAAAACAAGGACGAACUGAGUUCUCAUUCCGAUAGUAGAGGAGGAGGAAUAGCGAGCAGAUUUUAAUAAACAAAGACAAAGUCUUAGGCAUUCAUAUCAAGAUAUGUAAUUUUACCUAUAAACAGAAUCUCUAGACAGUGGGUACAUAGAUACAGUACCAAUAAUGUCUAUUGUAGAAGAAGAAAAAUCACUCCACAAUAGCCCUGAGCACCUAAUAGUGAUAUCAUACGACAAACUCUUCCGUCUGCUACUGAAAAUAGACUUUCCUCAUUAAUCUGAAACUGUGUCCUGAUUUUCUUCUUAAAAUUCUAUUUUUAUGUCGCUAAUAAAUUAUAUGUACCGGGUGGUGAAUAGGAACACGGGCCAUAGGAAACUCAACGUAAAAUUCUAAACUGUUGGAUUCCUGCUUCCCUAAUUAUUUUACAUCAAAAGUCAUAAGAAACUAUUUGUAGAGAAUUGAAAUCUGUAUUGAAAACAACUGUUAAUAUUGUUCUACGAACAAUAAUUAUUCAAAAUUUUGUAAAAAUAUAAUACAAUUUUCAGAGAAAUACGCCAAAGUUACGCCACACACAGUGCAAUAAUGUGUAUAAGAUUGCAUUCGGUGACAAUGAAUUUAUUAUAUUAACAAUUUGAACUGUCAAUUUCUUUAUUUAUUUUAUCAUUUAUUGUUUAAAACACGAUAAAGUUGAUCAGAUACCCUCAGUUAAGGAGAAAGUAUUAAUAAUAAAGAUAUUUUCUUCAGUCAAUAGUGUGCUCACUGUCAGUUAAAUAGUAACGUGUGGCCUAACAUGCCCACACAUACCUACUGCAGUAAAUACAUUAUAUUUUUCAAAAUUUUGGAAUGUGUUUAAAUCGUAGAACAAUUGUAACUUCUGUUUUUAAUACAGAUUUCAAUCCUCUACAAAUAAUUUCUCAUGACUUUUCAUGUAAUAUAAUUACGGAAGCAGGAAUUCAACAGUUUAAAAUUUUACAUUGAGUUUCCUAUGGCCCGUUUUCCGAUUCACCACCCUGUAUACCCCGUUAAAGGUUUAUACAGUGAGCACGUAAAGGUUGGAAUAAAUUCAUUUUCUCGAGAAUGGAUGAUUUUGGAAAAAAAUCCCGAAACAGGUCAAUUUUUAUUUUUAAAUUACCACUUUUUGGCAUAUAUGUAAUACUAGUGACGUCACCCAUCUGGACGUGAUGACGUCAUCGAUGAUUUUUUUAAAUGAGAAUAGGGGUCGUGUGAUAGCUCAUUUGAAAGGUAAUUCAAUGCUUCAUUCAGUAAUAUAAACAUUAACAUAAUUAUUUAUACAGGGUGUCCAAAAAAAAUUUUUUUGGAUCAAAUUUAUUGACAUAAAAAGAAGAAUGUAUGUAAUUUAUUUAAUUCAAAAUACAUUUCACUGCUCUCAGAAAACUGAAAAAAAUGUUUAUUUGAAAAAUGAUCAUUGUUUUUCGCUUAAAUUAAAUGUUCAAACUGUCACGAGGCUGGUGGGUGGCGGCUUUAAUAUUGAAUUUAAGCAAAAAACAAUAUUUAUUUGCCAAAUAAACAUUUUUUCCUGUUUUCUAAUAGCAGUAAAAUGUAUUUUGAAUUAAAUAAAUUACACACAUUCUUCUUUUUAUGUCAAUAAAUUUAAUUCAAAAAGAAUUUUUUUGGAUACCCUGUAUAAAUAAUUAUGUUAGUGUUUAUAUUACCGAAUAGAGAAUUGAAUUACCUUUCAAAUGAGCUAUCACACGACCCCUAUUCUUAUUUAAAAAAAUUAUCGAUGACGUCAUCACGCUCAGAUGGGUGACGUCACUAGUAUGAUAUAUAUGCCAAUAAGUCGUAAUUUAAAAAUAAAAAUUGACCUGUUUCGGGAUUUUUUUCCAAAAUCAUCCAUUCUCGAGAAAAUGAAUUUAUUCCAACCUUUACAACAAAUGUACAUAGAUAUUGUUAACGGCUGUGACUGACAUUUCUAUUCUUAAUAUUUAUUAAUGUUAUUGUAUUUUUGUAUGUUUUUUUAAAUAAAAUAUUUGUAAUAAAAA